UGUUGCUAACGUCAACCCAACGGUUGUAAGAGAGACGUUUGGCUUGGCCUCCCUCUCCUAGUGGGGCCCCCCGCAUGUGGUGCUUCGGGUGUCUGCCCUGCCGCACCUCCUUUGUAAAGCCAGCUCUGGCCAGCCCCCUCCAGGAUGCAUCCAGCGUCUGGAACUUACUGAUGCAACCACUUGUCCGCCCCCCUGUGCCAAGUGCUUUAUGGUAUUUUAUUUCAUUUAAGCCCUGAGAAAUAGGCGUCCUGUCUCCAUGUAGGAGGUGAGGAGCAAGUUUACAGGGGCCCAGGCUUGUCCCAAGCCACACUGAGUGAGUGCUGGGGAUCUGAACCUUGGCCUGCCUGACCCGGACGCCCUCACCAUCCUCAGUGGAGUUACUCAGUACUUUGAACCUCACACCUUUAUGCCCCCCGGGCCAGGAAGCUGCCCUGCCUGGGCCUCUCCCUGGCAGUCAGGCUCUGCAAAGAAAGGCCAGCUCCCACUGCCACUGGGGAGCGGGGUUGGGAGUGUGGGCGCCAUUGGUGACCCCACAAACGGCUAAUGUCUAAGGUGGCUGUCGAGUGGAUUGUAGGAGAGUGGGGAUCUGUGGGCUGGGGGAGUCUGACGGGUCCCCCAGUCUGCCAUCUGGGCUGUAUAGUGGGAGAGGGAGGGGAAACUCCCAGUCUUCAUCUUAGGUAAAUCCCUGUGGGAAACCUGCGGAAACCUGCAUUUUUUCUGGUCCAGCUAAUCACCUCCACCUGCUUUGGCUGCUUUCUCACAGCUGCAUGCAGCAUGUCUCCCGCGCUUGCUCAGUGCCUGGGGCAGGGCCUCAUCCACCUUUACAGGAGCAGCUGCUUACUGAGGGCGACUGCCGGGCACUGAGUUCUUGGCCACUUAGCCACACUUUUAUGACAGGUCACCUCUGGCUCUUCAGAGAUGCAGGGACCCACGACGGGCUCCUGGUUAACCAGACUGAAUUAUUUGUGCCCUCUCUCAAUGUUGACGGACGGCCUAUUUUCGCCAACAUCACACUGCCAGCCUCCUACGUGAUCACGGACCUGACCCAGCUGCGCAAGAUCAAGUCCAUGGAGCGGGUGCAGGGCGUGAGCAUCACCCGGGAGCUGCUGUGGUGGUGGGGCAUGCGGCAGGCCACUGUCCAGCAGCUGCUGGACCUGCUGCACCGCCUGCAGCUCUACCGCGCCGCCCAGAUCAUCCUGAACUGGAAGCCAGUCCCUGAAUUCAAGUCGCCUGUCCCAGACUUCCCGGCUACUGAGAAAUCAGAAGAACCUUUGAGCAGCGGCGUCUUCGGGCCUCAGCCGGAAGCGCUUCUGAGCCUGGCUGAGGACAGUCUUCUCUGGAGAGAGGCGGACGUGGUCCAAGCAACCAACAGCUUCAGCCAAAGCCACAAAAUCUGCGAGGGGACCUUUGCCGACAUCUACAGAGGACAGAGGCAUGGCACGCCGCUGGCCAUCAAGAAGCUCCGGGAGACGACCUCGGGGCCAGGAUCAGUGAAGAAAUUCUUCCAGGCGGAGACACAACUUUGCCGUAGGUGCCGCCACCCCAACGUCCUCCCCCUGCUGGGCCUCUGCUCUGGAACGCAGUUUGACAGCUUGAUCCACCCCUACAUGGCCAACGGUUCUCUGCAGGACAGACUCCGGGGCCCGGGUGCUGCGGACCCCCUGCCCUGGCCGCUGAGGGUGCGCAUCUGCUUGGGCCUGCUUCGGGCCGCGGCCCACCUGCACGAGCUGGACAUCAUUCACGGCAACAUCAAGAGCUCCAAUGUGUUGCUGGACCAGAACUUCGUCCCCAAGCUGGCUCACCCCGUGACUCACCUGUGUCCCGUCAACAAAGGGUCGAAAUCCACCACGGUGAAGACCCGGCUCUUCCAGGCCUCCGUCGCGUACCUGCCGGAAGACUUCCUCAGGGUGGGGCAGCUGACCAAGCGCGUGGACGUCUUCAGCUGUGGGAUAGUGCUGGCCGAGGUCCUCACGGGCAUCCCCGCCGUGGAUAACAGCCGAAGCCCCGUCUACCUGAAGGAUCUGCUCCUGGCCGAGCUCCCCAGCAGCAGCGCCUCGCCCUGCUCCGGGAGGACCGGCGCCGAGCGAGCCGCGGCCCGGGAGAUCUGCCGCCGGUACCUGGAGCAGAGGGCGGGACACCUGCAGGAGGACUGCGCCGAGGCCCUGGCCACGGCCGCGUGCCGCUGCCUGCGGAGACGCAACGCCAGCCUGGCUGAGGUGUGUGGCUUGGUGGCCACCGUGGAGGAGCGGCUCACAGGCCAGGAGGCCUCGCCCCCGUGCAGUGGGCUCUCGGAGGGCACCGGCUCUUCCUCCAACACCCCAGAGGAAACGGACGACGUGGACGUCUCCAGCCUCGGUGCCUCCUCUUCCAGGAGGGCAGCUUCCCCGUCUGGGGCUGCCCCGGCUCCCCCCCACACGGAGGAGAGAGCGGCGGAGGAGGCCGAAGGGUGGUCGCAGGCUGGGGGGGGCGUGGAGGCCGACUCCUGCGCUGAGGCCUGUGCCAGCGCCAAGCCGCCCCAGGAUGAGACUUCAUGGAAAAUCGAGAUCAAUGAGGCCAAAAGGAAACUGAUGGAGAACAUUCUGCUCUACAAGGAGGAGAAGCUGGACAGCAUCGAGCUUUUUGGCCCCUGAUGACCGCGUGCAGCUCAGUCGGCCGUUGUCCUUGACUGCAGAGUCCUGCAUCCGGCGACCAGAACGGUCUGAGGCCCAACCCUAGAUCUCCCGGGAAACACUCAAACUCCCCUCGCUGGGAGGGAGAGAAACGAUUUUUGGGCCCUAUCACGGCUUCCAUUUCACCAAGGUGAAUGUGGGGAGAAGGGACCUCGGCUUUUGGAGACACCAAUUCCAGAGCCGUCUUCCUCUCUGAACUGCUGGUCCGAGCUGGGAGUCAGGAGCCUGAAGCGGAGCUGCGCGAUGUGGGCCCAGGACAGCCCGCCGGUGCCGGCAUCCUCCCCAGCGGCACGGUUCCCACUCAGGCCCUCGGCGGCUGGCCGGCCAGCUGGACGUGAGUGUUUUCCCAAGUGAAGACCUUUCCGGCAACACCUGCAGACUUCUGGGACCUGAGAGAUUUUCGGUGUGUGUCUCCACGCGAUCCUCGCCUCACCUGUCCGGGCCUGGCAAAGGGCUCUCUAGGUCUUCUGCUUUCUCCUGGGACUCUGACAAGCCUCAGUAUUUAUUUAACACCCUCAAAGCACCUUUAUCCCCCGCCCUACUAACGCUAAUAUUUUCAAUAGAGCUUUUAUUUUGAGAAUAUGUAUUAUUUAUGGCUAGGUGGAGAGUCAGGAGAACUCGCUUCAUGCACGAGUCUGCUGCUAAUUGAGUCAUUUAAUUUCUGGAGCCGGUUUCCCUGGAGGGAAGCACACCUGCUCACUUGCCUGCCCUGGGCUCUUGGGGAGGAAUGGGAGACUCGGCUACGGACGCACUUUGAAAAUGCACUUGUCUUGUUUUAUCAAAGAAUUAAAAAGGCAUUAAAUGUGCGUUUCUGCCAUAUACCUCACACUUCUGCACGGGGACAUUCCUGAACAGUGGCAAAUCUUUUUGUGAAAUGUGUUACUUUAAAUUCACUGUGUUCUGCUUUACAGAUCUGAUUGUGGUGAUUUUUUUCCUCCUGUCUUGUAAAAUAAAAAUAAAUCGGUCAACAGAGA